AUGCGCCCCCAAUCGCGCCCAGUAUGUCAAUUGUGCGACUACAUACUGCGGCAGCCUGGAAGUCGCCGCGCGUUCCGCUUCACAUCAGCCGUCAAGGCCCCCGCGACACGGCGGCAAACUGCGCCAUCAUCUUCUCUAGUCAACCGGGCACACGUACGAAGCAUUACGACGACGGCCCGGAACGCGGCACCAGCAGCUGAAAGAGGCGAUGACGAAAGCUUCCAGACGUCGGAGCGCAUCGCAACGCUGAGAACAAAUUUGGCCGCGGUGGAGGCUCGAAUAAAAGAAAUCUACGAUUCCCCCAAGGUGGAGCCAGAGGCAAAGGUCUUGGAGGUACUUGAAGGUUUAACGGAGAUUGCGCAAAAUGCGAUAGCGAUACGGUCCCGACAGCCCUUGCGAACAAAAGGACCCAUAAGACAAAGUUCAGCGGGAGCAAUACUGUCCGGACUCGGCAACGAUGAGGGGGAAAAGACUGAAAAGAAAAUAAGGUCACAGCAGCUAGGCCUCGAUGCACUCCCGUCGCCAUCCUACCUCUCCAAACUCGCCGAAGACCUAAUCAAGCACGAGAAAGUCUUCCUCUCUCCCAAUGUCCUCGCCUUAUACAUCCAUCUCCAGCGACUUCUCGCCCGCCCAAAAACCAUCCCAGAAGCACUCUACCUCUACGCAAACAAGCCUAUCCCAGUCGAAGGCUCUUCGCCCCCCAAAUUCUCCCGUUCCUCCCCCAAAGCCGCAAAGCAAGCCAUUCCCGCCGAUCUCGCCGACGAAGCGCUCACGGCCGCAAUCGACGCAAAGGACCUUGCCUUAGCCUUGGAUGUCGUCGACCACACCUACCGCGCCCCUGCCUGGCGGCGCCACCGCAUGGUCACCAAAUUGGGUCUUCCGGGAGUUCUAGCGGGCAUCACACCCCUCGCUCUCUACAUGAUUGCGCAGGAACUUUCUGUAUACAGCGGUUUCAUCGACCCGUGGACUUUUAAACUCUACGCUUUCGCUGGUCUGAGUACUUACGUUAUGUGCACCGGUACCCUUGGCUUUGUUGCCUUGACUACAUACAACGACCAUCACGACCGUGUUGUCUGGCGUCCUGGUGUUCCGCUCCUGGAUCGUUAUCUGAGAGAGGAUGAGCGUGCGGCGUUGGAUCGCAUUGCGUGUGCAUGGGGGUUCAAGGAGGAGUGGAGACGAGGUGAUGAGGAGGGCGAGGAAUGGGAGGGUCUGAGACAGUGGAUUCUGCUUAGGGGUAUGGUGCUUGAUAAGCCGGAUCUUAUGCCUGGUAUGAACCCAGGUAGGUAA